UCAGUAGACAUUGAGACUUGCGAGGGAGAGGUUGCGUUGUUCUCUCCGCACCUCGCUCAUAAACGUGACUCAAUUACUUGUGUUCUAAAAAAGUUAUUAGACAUUGAUGGAGGCGAGAAAAAAAUUGGAACUUUGUGAUUGAUAUUUGAACUCAAUUUGGGGAGAGAAACUUAGUCGGUACUGAUGCCGUGACUUUAGUGGAAUUAAUUAAGAGUUGAUGAAAGAAGUUUGUUUUUAGUACUGUAAAGGAGUGAAUUGCAAGUUGUUAAGUAUCUUUUCAUUUACUCAUCCAGGUAGACUGAGAAAGCCAACAAGAAUAUUUCCGUGACCAUCCAUCAAAACACAGCCAUGAAGCCAAGACCGGGCAACCUGCUUCUGAGCCUUCUGCUGCUGGCUCUCCUGAAGGCUACGGGCAGCGACCAGAGCAGCGACAGGGAGGUGCUACAGCAGGUACUACAGGAAACGACAGAGGAUGACGCCCCAGCUUACUACAACGUGACAGUGCCGUCGUGUUGCGCCCUUGGGAUGACGUUUAACAUGAGCUAUAUGGAGUGCGAGCCAGCUGUUAAUACCAUCCCUAUCAGAUUUCAUUAUGAGGACGGCCAGCCAGUUGAAUACAAGUUCGCCUACCAGGUAGAAGUAGGGUUCCUCAAGUGCCCCUCCUACAGCCUACAACCUGAAGCAGAUCCGGGCGACACCUUUUACCUCCUGCCUGACGGAAAGCUUAAGUUGGAGGCCACAGGUGAUAUGUUGAGUUUAGGGGAAUUCUGUCUGCUGGCGACUGAAGAAGAGAUGCACGCCCUUGUUUGUUUCAGUGACAAGCGCGACUCCAAUUUCGAGCAGGUCAUUUUCAAGCAGCUUUAUCCCGUGGGCUUGAUCAUCUCAGCCGUGUUCCUGGGGGCUACUCUGCUCGUGUACUGCCUGGUGGUGGAGCUGAGAGAUCUGCUGGGGUGCUGUCUGAUGUGCAGUGUAUUGGCUUUGUGUGUAGCGCAGAUAUUUACAGUGAUAACGCAGAAGGCUAGCCAAUACUUAUCACCUACUGCGUGUGUGACUGUAGGUAUAAUGAUGCACUUCUGGUACCUGUCUGCCUUCCUGUGGCUUAACGUUAUCUGCUUCAACGUCUUUCUAACUGUCUGCCGUAAGAACUACCUGCAGAAGGGCCACAGCACCAACAGAUGGUUCCUGGUAUACUCCUGCUACGCUUGGGGCCUCUCCCUCUUAGUGUGUCUCCUCGCUGUGGCCAGGGAUUUCUCCUCAGGCCUCCAGAAUUCCUUCCUCCCCAAACCUAACUUCGGCCAGUCCAGAUGCUGGUUUUCAGGUGACGAUGCGCUGAUUAUUUUCUUCUACGGGCCCACGUCAGUGGUGCUCGGGAUCAAUGUUAUUCUGUUCUGCAUCUCCGCCUACAAGUUGUGUUCUCUCAGUAAAAGUUCGGAGGCAAGAGCUUUCCAGUUCACGUUGUACUUGAAGCUGUUUGUUCUCAUGGGCAUCACCUGGAUUUUCGAAGUCAUCUCCUUCUUCGUGCAGCGAGAGACUUAUGGUUCCAGCGGCAACUACGUGUGGCUGGUGUUCGACAUCAUCAACAUCAUGCAGGGCCUGAUCAUCUUCCUGGUAUUCGUGUGUCGCCCCGCCGUAUUGGUCCGCGUGUGUGAGGUGCUCUGCGGCGUCAGCUUCGCCAAGAGAUGGUUCAAAGCCCACUACCUCAAUGCGGAGGCAGACGCGACCAACAACGAAACCACAGUGAAGCACUCUGUCAUCUGAGCUUCAAAGACGGCGGCCGAGCUACUCCUGAAGCUCUGCAAGUCUGAGUAGCAGCCUGGGAGGGACGACCAAGCCUCCUCCAGCCCUGUGUGAUAGGGAAACGUUCUCGCACUCACGCCGCGAAGGAACACUGGCGAUAGUGAUGUGCUGGACUCGGGAGACUGCGUGGUGUGUGCUUGUGUGGUGACAAACGUAGUGGUGCGGCAUCAACGGACCUGGUGAGGCCUUUGGGCAAGGGAGGGGUGUGUUGCCACCCUAGGCAAUCCCUCCUGCCACAAAGCCACCGGCGUGGGCGUAGCAGUGGCUUCCUGGUGCUCAGUGUUGUGUUCAGAAGCCACCCCGUCACUCAUGUCUCUGUCUCCCGGAAGAGACAUUUUGUAUUGUGUGGAAUGUUUACCGGCGUUACAUUGCCACGAGUCAUUACGUGCACACACAUACACUUUAACUGUGUGUGUGUGUGUGUGUGUGUGUGUGUGUGUGUGUGUGUGUGUGUGUGUAUGUAUGUGUGUGUGUGCACGUAACAGAAUAGUUUUCCUGCAUAGAUAUAAUAAUCAAUUUAUGUUGUCUCUCAUCCUUCAACUUCACAGAUGUUCUGUUAUCACUGUGUGUGUGUGUAAGUGUGUGUGUGUGUGUGUGUGUGUGUGUGUGUGUGUGUGUGUGUGUGUGUGUGUGUGUGUCUGUGUCUGUGUGUGUGCGCGCGCGCGCGCGCUGAUUGAAGUAACUUAAGUUCACAUCACAGAAUAAAACUCCAUGACCUAA